GAAAAGUAUAUCCAAAAUAACAACGGAAUCACUUUUCAUCUACCAAAACACAAACCCGUCCAUGGAAAAUGUACAUGUCGCCUUUAAAAAUUGGACCAAAAUAAAAUGUACGAAGGGGAAGACGGCUUUAUAUAACAAGGAAUGUACCAUGUAUUCCAUCAAACUAUCGAUAUGUGCAAUUCGAAAGCAUAACGUCCGCGGCAAUAGAGGAACUGGUCAUAGAUUAUAUUUCAAAACAUACUUGAGACGGUUUAAACAUUUUUCUAGUGCACCCAUCCCCACCCCAUUUCAGAAGAAGAAUUUUCGACGAUUUGGGAGUGAAGGUGCACUGCAGAUUGAAUUAGCUAGUUGGUGCUGUCCUCCACGAGCUUGAUAGCUGUGACAACUCUCGUCUAACGGAAAGAUACCGCAACAUCCAUUGUCCUCAGGCGCUGAUUAUCCAGGGAUCACCCCUACUGAUAGCCUGCAGCAGCUUGAGGAAAAGGGGGGCUUAGAGGGAAGCCAGUCUGAAUUAUCCCAAACGUGAGACCCAACUAUUUCACAUACAGAAGAUCAGUGCCAGAGGGACAGUGCCAGAGGAACAGCACACAUUUUGCCACAGACCCACUUGGCCACGGUCCAGGAAAGGGGGAGACAGACCACAGCGCCCAACUCCUCCCACCCACCCUCCCCCAAGCAUUCUCCACUCUCCCUCUCUAUGCUGAGAGGCACUCGGCACAGCACAGCACAGCACAGCACAGCACAGCACAGCACAGCACAGCACAGCUGAAGCUGACCUCAGCUCAGUGCCCUCCGUUCCUUUCCUUUUCUCCUCUUCUGCUUCCAUACUCUUUGCUUCUCCAAACCCAGGUUGGGGUGCUGGAGGAGGGGGAGGGGGAGGCGCUCAGAGGUGUAUGGUGCUCUGACUGGGUGAAGACAUGAGCUGCUGCUGCUGCUGCUGCUGCUGCUGACAUUAGAGACGGCCCCCGAUGCUCUGUCACUCCCUGGCUUGAUGUUUGUGCCCGUGGUGCACAGCUCACAGCCCCUCCACCCAUCACCCCCCCCUACGUGCUGACGCUAUGCCCACUGAGACACUGCAGCCAGACGGCAAGUCUGCCGGCCAGGGGGCAGCCUAUGCCUCAGCCGUGCCCCUGCGCAUCCUCAAUAAAGGGCCGGACUACUUCCGCAGGCAGACGGAGCCCAACCCCAAACGCCUGAGUGCUGUGGAGCGGCUCGAGGCCGACAAGGCCAAGUACGUCAAGAGUCAGGAAGUGAUAAACGCCAAGCAGGAGCCUGUCAAGCCAUCUGUGUUGGCCAAAGCGCCGGUGUGCCCUGCACCGGUCAAGCGGAGCUCCUGUGGUGGUGGUGGUAUAAGCAGCGCCAGCCUCAAGGCUUCAAACAACAAUGCCAAGUCAGACACCUGUGCCAUCACUGCCAAGAGAGAGAACCUCAACUUGGAGAUCCUCAAAAACAUCCUCAACAGCUCUUCAUCCUCGGAGGGUCCUCCUGCCAAAGGAAUGGCUGCCCUCAAACCUGGAAGCCGAAGUUGGGCACCACAUCGGGACUCGACAGAGUCCACCGAGCUUGGGCUACGAUCCUUUGCUGAGUCACUGAAAGUCCCAGGGACAUCGUUGGGUUCUUUGCAGGGCAGGCGUAGUCCCCAGCCAGGGGGUAACCUGAACCUGAGUCGGCGUCUGCUGGAGGAGCAGGCGGAGGGGCAGCGCUGCUCUGUUCUCCACGCCUCUCAUAGCUCCUCUGACAUUCGCUGCCUGUGCAAUGGGAAGCCGCCGCGCCCCGCCUGCAGCAGUAGCAGCUCCGCCCCGCCGCUACCCCCCAAACCCAGGCCUCAGGCCCUCGCUGGCUGCGACAAUGUGCUCUGCUCCCUGGAGAGGGAGUCUCUGGCACUGCCCUCAGCCACCACCACCACUACAGACCAAGAGCUGGAGCUGGGCAGCUCUGUGGCCCGCCGACCCUCCCUGCACCGCUCGAAGUCGGAUCUGAGCGACCGCUACGCUCGGGCCGGGGCUGACGUGGAGCGCUUCUUCAAUUACUGUGGGCUGGACCCUGAGGAGCUGGAGAGUGUAGGUGUGGAGAGCUUCGCUCGGGCCAACUCUGAUAUCGUCUCGCUCAACUUCCGCAGUGCCAGCAUGAUCAGCUCGGACUGUGAUCAGUCGCGGCACAGUAACGAAGACCUGACGGAUGAGGAGGAGGACGGUGCCGGUGAGCGCGUGCCCUACGGCAUCUCGGCAGUGGAGCGCAACGCCCGCGUCAUCAAAUGGCUCUAUAGUAUAAAGCAAGCACGAGAGUCUCAGAAGGUCUCUCACGUCUGAGAAGACAGAGGGAGGGGACGACUUUUUUUCCUGACUUGUUCAAACUUCUCAGACCUUUGCUUUAUUUGUGUUUUGGCAAUCUUGGGCACUGUCCUUGAACCUCCAGGUGGGGUUGAUCAAAAAAAGCCCUUAACGGUUAGACUGAUGUUAUGUUUGGUUGCAUUCAGUGCAUUUGUUGUCCUUUGAAUCUGCAUGGUUCUUCAACAACCUUCAUCUCCUUAAUGUGUGGCCUGGUAAUGCAGCAGAUUUAAGGUCAGGCAAAAACACAAGUAAGACCUGUAGAAAUGGCUCCUUCUCUCUCGCCAUUAAACUUCUGAGUGCAGCAAUUGUUUUCCUUUCUGUUUCCAGAUCUAUCCUUUUGGGUUUUGUAUAACAGAAACUCAGCGUGACAAUGCCAGGUACGUCUGUUUUAGGUACAUGGCUCAUUUUCAUAUGAUCCCAGCGCACUGAGCCGAUGAAGCCAUAUCCGUGUGAAUGCAAAGCUGCAGUGUGUUUCUAGAUCAUUCUGUCCUUUUUCACUCCAUGGGAAGCUGGCAUACCUGUCCUUUAUAGACUGUGUGUGUGUGUAUGAAAAUGCACUGCACAUAAUUGAGUGCAAAAAGCAUGUUUCAGCUUUAUGCUCUGAUCCUGUGCUCUUUGCUGUGCUCAGUCUGUGUGAGUGUGCCCCACUGCUAUCAGUCCAGCAGUUGCAUUAAGACGCAUUGAACAUAUUAACAGUACGGCUUUACUUUUUCACAAUUUGUUGCCCAUUAUAUUUCCUACGAAGGACUGUUUUUGUGAUACUUUUUCUGAAUGUUGUAAAUGCUGUAAGAAUAUGUCUAUAAUUUCAGCAUUGUUUGGAAGGAGAAAUGCCCGAGGAUAAACUCGCUAUGCUCCAUCCAUAGCACUCAACCUGUCUCUUUGCAAUUUGGUGUGUUAGAGUACGAUCUGGAUCAAAUCUGUGUAACACUGUUGUAAGAAUGACAUGUUGUGUAUAUUCAAACUGGAGUUGUGGCUCAAAAAGUCUUUCUUCGCGAUUUGUUCAUGAUUAGUUAUGUCCCAAUAAAUAGCAAAUUUUGCCAUCUUUUGCCAUCAGAAGUUAGAGUUGUGGUGAAUACCUCUGAGAAAGUGUUUGAAAUUAUAAUCCUAUCAUAGAUAUUUGACCUGAAAGGAAAAGGUUUAUGCUGAUGACUUCAACACUAGGCAUGUAAAAGGGUAUAGCAAGGUUAUACUCCAGGGGUGUUUUGUUUUUCAGUGCAGAGGGGAAGGACAAGUCAGCUCCAGCAUUCUACUCUUGGUCAUCAUUCCAAAGGCAAACUAGCUUGUGACUAGGGAUCGUUCCUAAAGAGGUUUGUGUUAGCGUUCCUUCAUGGAGCUACAUAAUGGCAGUCAUUUCCCAAAAGACGUGUUCAACAACUUAAAGUGUCCUCUCUGUAAUACUCAUGACAUGGCAGAAGUACCCACGCUGGAAAUGGAAUCAGAAGUCAUCACAGUAGAAUUACAAUACUUGUUUCACCACCCUUCUCAAACAGUACUUUUCCACAGAGGAUGUUGGGUUAAAAAGACCGUUGCACGGCAGUAUUACAUGAGAACAAUCUGUUAAGACACUUAUUGCAGGACUGACCCAUUGUGUAGACCGUAGGCUCAGUCUGAACCAAAACUACAUCUACAAGAAAGGACAGCAAGAACACCUGUCUGGACUACAGAGUGCAUUGGUUUUUUAAGAGCUUGAACAAAUCCCAUUUAAACACCAACACAACAUCCACACAGCAACAAAUGAACAAAGAGCCAAAACAGGUGACUUUGGGUGAGAGUGGCAUAGCCUCUGUUUAAAGAGAAAGUCAAGAUUCUACCCAUAUAGGGCCUUCUGAAAGUCCUUCAUCUUUUGUCAGAGUAAUAUCUCUAGAUCCAUUGAAACAAUGCCCUGCUAUUUUAUCCUUGGUUGUCUGAUGGUUUCGCUACAUAAUUGUCUUGUGCUGUCUGCAUGGUGGACGUGCGAGCAAGGAGGCUAAAAUCUACGGGCAGUAGCGUUUGUUGCUAGCACAUCUCUUAAGGUGUCGGGGAGAGAGGUUUACUGCACAGUACUGUACCUGCCAGCUACCGUUACACUCACCCCCCUAAAACCUCACUCCCGUUCCGGAUCCACAGCACCAAUGUAACCUGCGUUGUGUGGACAAACACAGUCCCACACCGGACGCAAACUUGCAACCUUGGACACGGGAGGCACACAUGCUAGCAAAGAGGCCAAAACCCAUGGGUGCUAGUGUCUGUCCCUAGCACAAGUCUUAAGGUGUCGGGGAGUGAGGUUUACUCACGGCCGUAGCACUUUACCAACUGUGUUUAUUUGUUCUUAAUAUGAGUUUACUUUAGCAAUACUAUUUAUUUUAAGAGGUCAUACCAAUAAAGCUUAUUGAAUUGAA